AUGAACGGCAACCAUAUUCUUAUUCUGCUGAUAGUCAUAAUCUUCCUCUUGGUUUAUAAGUAUGAUACUCAGCCUCGCAAGAGAGGUCAGAUUAAUAUCCCAAAGGUUUUACAUGAGAAUAAAACUACAGAUGAAGAUUCCAAAAGAUCCUUCUCAAGGAUCUGUAGAAGUAAAGGCUAUCCAUUCAAAAAGUACAAGGUGCUUACUGAAGAUGGGUAUUGGCUGACUCUUUUCAGGAUUUACGGAACUAAAAAUGAAGAUCCCACUGAAGCUCUUCAGAAAUCUAAGCCAGCAGUCUUCUUUCAGCAUGGAGUCGUUGAUAGUGCAGAUACUUUUAUCAUGAAUGAUGAAGAUAAGUCUCCAGCCUUCAUGACUGCAAAUGCGGGAUAUGAUGUCUGGCUUGGCAACUCAAGAGGCAAUAAAUAUAGCAGAGAGCAUCAAUGGUUAGACCCUGAUGAUUCUGAGGAGAAAUAUGUGUUCUUUGAUUACAGUUUUGAAGAAAUGGCAAAGUAUGAUGUUCCCGCUUUCAUUGAUUUCAUCUUAAACACCACAGAAAAGGAAAAAUUAGCAGUAUUAGGCCACUCACAAGGAGCUACUACUAUGCUAGUCAAAAUGUCUGAAGAUAUUGAUUGGUGGAACAAGCAUGUCUCUAUAUUUGCUUGUCUUGGAGGAGUUGGAAGACUUCAGCAUACUUCUUCUAAACUUGUCAAAGAUUUAGCUAAUCAGAAUUUACUUUUAGAUGCAGUUAAGAGAUUAGGAGUUGUUGAAAUAUGUUAUCAUAACUACUAUCAAAGCUUGAUCUUUUCAACAAUCUGAAGCAUAUCUCCCUCACUCUGAAACUUUUUAAUUGAACUAGUAGCUGAUGCAAGCUCUGAGGCCAAUAAUCAUUCAAGAGUUGAUGUCUUCAUGGCCCAUUAUCCUUCUGGCUCUAGCUUAAAGUCUUUUGAACACUUCGCUCAAAUAAUAGUAUCAGGAAAGUUUCAAAAGUUUGAUUACGGUGCUUUGAAUUUGCAAGUUUAUAACCAAACUACUCCUCCUAAGGUAGAUCUGAAGGCUAUCAAAGAUACAAAGAUAAUUCAAAUCGUGGGAACAGCAGACCAUCUAUCUCCUGUUGAGGACAACUUGUGGCUCAAGUCUGAGCUUGGCUCCAACGUAGUCUUUUAUGAGGAGUAUUUCUUAGGACAUACUAGCUUUUUACUUGCCAAUGAUAUGCAAUUUAUGAAAGAUGUUCUCCAUCAGUUUGAGAAGAACAAAUGGGACUAGAUAUUCAUGAGAGAAGUUUUUGUAGU